AACCUGGAUACAUUUAUUUCUUCUGCUGAACACAAAGGAAGAUAUUUGGAAGAAUGUCAGUAAUCAAACAGAUCUCAUCUCCCAUUUACUGCCAUAGUAAGGAAAAUAAAUACUAUGGGAGUCAAUGGGAACACCACAGAGCUUCAGUCGAGGACGGACGGUGAGGAAGAGGAGGGACAAGAUGAAGACUGAAGGUCGAGCGCAGUCGGUCCCGCGCGAUGACAUGUUACAGAGAAAGGACAGUGAAUCUCCAGCUAAUGACACUCAUCAUGGCAGUGACGGUUCUCUCCGGCACAAUGACAGCAUGUGUGCCACAGACACACCAAACAAAAACCUUGAGAAUAAAGUCAAACAGACGGUGUCUCCAUCAGACGCUCUCAUCAGAAGACACAAACACGGUGAUGUUAAGAAGAAGAGUAAAGCUGACGGAUCAUUUCCAUUGACAGCUCCUCACAACUAUAAAGCCUAUCAGCUCUACACACUUUACAGAGAUCAAGACGGAAAAAUCAUGCAGUUUUCAGAUAAAAUGAUUGAAAACAGACGAGCUGUUUGAAACCUUCAUCAACUGAUCAAAUAAAUCGGCAGCGAGGAGCGGGUCCUGCCAGUGACUGAAAGAGUCCCGCUGAAGCCGUAAG